AUGCACAGAGAGGACAAGCGUGAGGCAUUUUCUAGUUCCCUUGGAGGUGCCAUAUCCACAGUAAUUGAGUACCCUUUAGACACCAUCAAAGUACGCCUGCAAGAUGACGGAAAACGCUACGGUAGCGCAUUAAAAUGCAUCAAGAGUAUUUACCAGGAUGAAGGGGUGUUAAAUGGUUUUUUUCGCGGGCUCCCUGCGCCUGUCAUAGGGUUUGCUGUUGAAAGUGCGACUUUAUUUCUCGCCUAUCGUAAAGCUUUAGAGUCUUACCAGCAGCUUGUUUAUGGUCGUGUUGUGGAGCAGGACACAGAGUCUUACGACGCUGUGGGGGUUUCAGGAUCCUGCGCCGGCCUUGUCGUUGCGCAAGCACUGACACCAGCGGAAUUAAUUAAGUGUAGAAUGCAGAUUCAGAACACUCUGCCUGUCAAAGAACGCAUUUAUAAGAACUCAUUUGAGUGCUUUUUGACCGCCUACAUGCGUCGCGGCAUUCGUGGACUAUUUAGGGGGCAUGUCGCCAUGCUUUAUCGAGAGGCGAUUGGCUGCUUUUUUUAUUUUUUGGCCUUCCAAAGUGUUGUUCGAUCGUUUUUAUUAGAAGAUCAGAAAUUUACUGAUGCCUCAACAAUGGUCCACUUUUUGGCGGGUGGCUGUGCUGGCACCGCGUUCUGGACAUCUAUUUAUCCUAUCGAUAUUAUUAAAACCAAGCAGCAAGCCAAGAAGGCGGACUACCGCAAGCGCGGCUUCCUUCAGAGCUGUGCGUGGCUGUAUCGGAAAGAGGGACUUAGGGGAUUUUAUCGUGGUUACUGUGUUACCGUUUUCCGUGCCUUUCCCGGGAACGCGGUAUUUAUUGCGGUCUAUGAACAGAUGAGCUAUAUUUGGGAUGUAGUACACAGAACUUCACCUAUGCACACCGUACACGUAUAA